AUGGGUGACUGGAGCUUCCUGGGAGAGUUCCUGGAGGAAGUCCACAAGCACUCCACAGUGAUCGGCAAGGUCUGGCUCACUGUCCUCUUCAUCUUCCGCAUGCUGGUGCUGGGCACAGCGGCCGAGUCUUCCUGGGGGGACGAGCAGGCCGACUUCCAGUGUGAUACAAUGCAGCCCGGCUGCGAGAACGUGUGCUACGACCAGGCCUUCCCCAUCUCCCACAUCCGUUACUGGGUGCUGCAGAUCAUCUUCGUGUCCACGCCCUCGCUGGUGUACAUGGGCCACGCCAUGCACACGGUGCGCAUGCAGGAAAAGCGCAAGUUAAAGGAGGCUGAGAGGACCAAAGAGGCCCGGGGGGCUGGUUCUUAUGAGUACCCGGUGGCUGAGAAGACAGAGCUGGCCUGCUGGGAGGAAGCGAACGGAAGGAUCGUCCUCCGAGGCACUCUGCUCAACACGUACGUGUGCAGCAUCCUGAUCCGCACCAGCAUGGAGGUGGCUUUCAUUCUGGGCCAGUACUUCAUCUACGGGAUCUUCCUGGACACCCUGCACGUCUGCCGCAGGAGUCCCUGCCCUCACCCGGUCAACUGUUACGUGUCCCGGCCCACGGAAAAGAAUGUCUUCAUCGUGUUCAUGCUGGCUGUGGCCGGCCUGUCCCUCUUCCUCAGUUUGGCUGAACUCUACCACCUGGGCUGGAAGAAGAUCAGGCACCAGUUUGUCAAGAGCAAGGCUCCGCUUCCUGGUGCUACCGCAGAGCUGAACCAGGGCUGCACCCCGCCCCCCGACUUCAGCCAGUGCCUGGAGCCCGGGCCUGGGGGGAAAUUCUUCAGCCCCUUCAGUAACAAGAUGGCUUCGCAGCAGAACACAGACAACCUGGCCACUGAGCGAGGCCAGGAAGACAUUCCGGGGGAGGGAUUCAUGCACAUUAGUUACACCCAGAGGCCUGAGGUGCCCAAUGGAGUCUCCCCAGGCCCCCGCCUCCCCCAUGGCUACCACAGUGACAAGCGACGCCUGAGCAAGGCCAGCAGCAAAGCCCGAUCGGAUGACUUAUCCGUGUGA